UUGUGGAUGUUCAAUUUUUUUUCUAAGUGCUGUGGGGAAUGCAAGAAAGAUGGCAGAUCCAGAUUCUCCAGCUGAGAUUUCACAGAGGGAACAGUCACCUGUUGUUUCCCCUGCCGGCAGCUCUGAACCUGGGCUGAACGGCUGUGCUCCUUCCCCGGACACAGAGCUCCAGGCAGGAGGGCAGGAAGUCCAGGAUGGUUCUGGGGGAGAUGAAGAGGAGAAGGAGGAGGCAGGAGGAGGAGCAGAUGAAGCCUUUACCAAACCCAGACCUCCUGUACUUCACCUCCACAGAGAUACUACAGUCAGAGGACAUCGGCGAUUAGGAGGCCAGAACCUGAGAGCCAUUAAUGACAUGUCCUCUCCGGCGGCUGCUCCGUCCCCGACCACCGGCACCUCUGUGUCUGGUAAAAGGACAGUGCUGUUGUCCAAUGAGGCAAGGAGAGAAAUGGCUAAGCAGGCGAGAGCCAUGAAGGAGGAGAGGAGAGUGAUGCUGGAUGCUCGACACAAAUACUUGAUUAGCAGAUUGGUGGAUGCCAGGACCCUGGUAGAGCCAGAGGUGGAGGACGCUCUCAUCUCUGAUGACAAGUUCAGUCUGAUUGAUGAUUUCUUUGCUGCAAAUGGAUCCAAGAGGCUGAUUUUCUUCUAUCAGGAUGUGAAGCAGCAUCUGUCUUCCAGUCAUUUGUGCUCUGUGGACGUGGCAGCUUCAGCUGUGACUCAGAAAAAGUUCUUCCUCACCACAGGAAGCUCUGAGCCUUUACUGGGGAAGUGUCUGUUCUUCCUGAGAACCACUGACAAGGCGAUUACCACCGCUAACAUACAGCAGGAGGUGAAUUUCGGGAUGUUGGACUGCAGCAACAGCAGCAUCCUCAACAGUCUGGAGGCUCUGCUGGCUGACAUCAUGCUACCAGGCCUCCGCUCACAACAGACAUGGGGUUCUGUGCAGGAGGGGACAUCUUGUCCAGACGUCCAGUCCUUUCUGUCUUCAGUGGACCAGUUCAUCAGUAAUCUGAGCUCAGCCAGAGUAAGCAUGGAGAGAAAGUUCCAGCUGCAGCAGGUUGACGUUCCUGAUGCCAUUGAGCAGCUGAGCAGCCCCACAGACUACAAGGCUGCAGCCAAUAACAGUGAGCUGGUGGAGCGUUUGGAGGGUGUGGUCUCAGUGUGGUCCAAUCAGAUCAAACAGGUGCUGACAGAGAGCGAACAGAUGAGGAAGGAGGCGGAUGACGUUGGGCCGUCAGCUGAGCUGGAGCACUGGAAGAGACGCAUGGUCACCUUUAACAGUCUGAUGGAGGAGGUGAAGCAUCCUCAGGUGAAAAGGACUCUGGGAGUUCUGCAGCUCACCAAGUCCCGAACUCUACGAGCGUGGAGAGAACUGGACAGGGACAUCACCGUGGUGGCUAACGAGGCUAAGGACAAUGUGAAGUAUCUGUACACUCUGGACAAGUUCUUUGGACCCCUGGGGAAAUGCACUCCGAGCAGCAUGCUGGAGCACAUUCCCGGUCUGAUGGCCAGUAUCAGGAUGAUCCACACUGUCUCUCAGUACUACAACACCUCAGAGAGAAUGACCUCUCUGCUGCUCAAAGUCACCAACCAGAUGAUCACCACCUGCAGGAGCUACUUGUCUCAGGGCGUGACCCGCAUCUGGGACCACAGCAGACCAGUGCUGCUGCAGCGUAUCUCUGACUGCUGUCAUCUGUAUGUGGAGUACCAGAGGAGCUUCCACACCGUCAGAGACAAACUGAGAGAAAACCCUAAAAACAGACAGUUUGACUUCAGUGAGAACUGCAUCUUUGGGAAGUUUGAUGCUUUCUGCAGGCGUUUAGAGAAGAUUGCUGACAUGGCGUCUUCACUGGAAAGCCUGGCUGCUCUGCAACACAUGAAGGUGGAGGGCGCUGAGAAGAUUUAUGCUCGCUACCAGACCAUCGUCUCCACGACCAAAUCCAAGACCUACGACAUCCUGGACCACCGCAAGCCAGAGUUUGACAGUGAUUAUGCAGACUUCCAGAUCCAGGUUCAGGGUUUGUUCCAGUCUCUUCAGUCUCUGCUGGACUUCUGGUUCCGUCAGUCUCUCACUACGGAACGGAUGCUGGAGCUGCUGAGAGUGUUUGAGUCCGGUCCAACGGCUUGUCUGGACCUGAAGCAGCAUUACCUGAUGCUGCUGCAGCGCUACAGCAAAGAGCUGGAGCUGCUGAGGAAGACUUACCAGAGACAGAGAGACAAACCGCCCACUGGACGCAACCUGCCCCCGGUGACAGGUAGGAUUCUGUGGUGCCGACAGCUUUUCAGAAAGAUUGAAGCUCCCAUGUUGAUCCUGAAGAAUAAGCUUGACGUCCUCAAGGGACCAGAGAUGACUAAAGUGAUCCAGAGCUACAAUAAGAUGGCGGUGGUGUUGCUGCAGUAUGAGGUGCUGCACCUGCAAGGAUGGAGUCAGGCUGCAGAGACUGCGCCGCAUUGCCUGAGUGCCACCCUGCUGGUCCGACAUGAGAACAGCAAGGAGGUUUUUGUGAACCUGGACCCGCUGGUGUUGGAGGUACUGCAGGAAGCCCGGUGGAUGACUAAGCUUGGGGUGACCAUACCAAAGGUCGUCCUAAAAAUGACCUCCAGAGAAGCACAGGUCAAAGCUCUGUACAAACGACUGCUGGAGCUGCUUCAGGACUACAGCUUGGUGGUUGCCAGGAUCCCAUCUUUCCUCUUCCCUCUGAUGCAGCCCUUCAUCGGCCGAGUGGAGGCUGCUCUCUCUCCUGGACUCACUGCACUGUCCUGGACCUCCCUCAACACUGACUCAUUCAUAAACAGUGUGUAUCAGGCUCUGAAAGAUCUGGAUCAGGUAAAUAAAGUGGCCACAGACCUGCUGGAAUGUCGCAUCGGUCGGCUGCUUCAGGCCAUGUCGUCCUGCUAUCUGCUGGUCCUGCCUGAAGACUCACCUGUCUCACCUCAGGACCUACUGCUGCAGACAAACAGCUCAGUCCAGGCUGCUGCUGCCACUCUGAACUGGCAGAGUCAGCAGGUAGAGAGAUAUGUGUUUGAGCUGAUUGAGGAGCUGAAGAGGAGGAUGAAGACAACAGAGGCUGUUAAUCUAGAGGGAUCUUUCCAGUGUCUCCAUCCAGACUCCAAACAGAAGACUCGCUGUCAGUCUUGUCUUCCCUGUCGUUUCUACAACCUGAUUGGUCAGCUCUGUCAUCGCAACACUGAAGCCCUGGUCAAAGCCACCAAAUCCUCUCUGGAAGUCCUGAGGAAGAGACUUCAUGUCCACAAAUACCAGCCAUCCUCUUCCUUUUCCAGCAGCAGCCAGUCAGCUCCUCCUCCUCUCUUUAGAGCCUCCAUCCAGCUGGCCAUCCCCAACAUCAUCCUGAGACCCAGCCUGGACGACAUCCAGAGUACAGUGAACAAGCUGGUGAGCGUUGUGUUGUCUGUGACGAAAGACAUCCCUCUGUGGACUUACUCUCAUCUGCAGUACAAACAGCAGCAGGUGGAGCAGGCGGCGGUACGGGAUGCAGGAGACGACAUCCCGGUGAAGCCCCCAGUACUGAGGCCUCUGGACAGACAGCUGGCCGAACACAGAGACAUCACCAAGUUGGUGAUCCAGCUCAGCUCCAUCGUGUCGUCUCUGAGAGCUCAGGCUGCUGACACUCUGAAUGAACUCUCUCACUUUUCUACUCUGUGGAACCAGGAUCCAGAGGAGCAGGUGAAGGCCUUCCUGCAGUCCAACCCCUCGCUGGCAGAGUUCAGCUCUCAGAUCUCCCUCUACUCUAAGCUGGAGGUGCAGAUUUCAGAGCUCCCAGUGUGUUGCAUGGUGGGUUCAAUCCUGUUUGACACCGACCAGCUGAAGCUGGCACUCACUCAGGAGUGUCGUCUCUGGAAACGGGCCUUCGGCGCUGCACUCAACCACCGGGCGUCCGCCGACAUGGAUGAUGUUUUCUCGUUUGUGGAGGGGCUGACGAAGCGCCUGCAGCGUCCAAUCACAGACCUGGAGGAUGUCCGAGGAGCCAUGGCAGCACUCAGGGAGGUUCGGGAGGAAGAGGUUCGUAUCGACGCCACCAUUGGCCCGGUGGAGGAAUCCUUCGCUCUGCUCAACAAACAUGAGCUGCUCUUCAACGACGGGAACGCUGAGCGCGUGGAUGGCCUGACGUAUGCCUGGAGGAACCUCAGCGCCCUGGUGGUGCAGAACCAGAACACUCUGGUGAGGAUCCAACCCAGCAUGAAGGCAGACCUGCUGUCUGCAGUGCAGAGCUUUCAGAGCCACGUUCAGAGAUUCUGCAGCGAUUACAACCACAGGGGUCCAGGGAUGGAGGGGGUCGCUCCAGCUGAAGCUAGUGAGCGGCUGCAGAGUUUUCAGGCUGAGUUUGAUCAGCUGUGGAGGACAUACACCACCUGCUCUGGAGGAGAGGAGCUAUUUGGACUGCCUGUUAACGAGUAUCCGGAGCUGCAGAGGAUUAAGAGGGAACUCUCUCUGCUGUCCAAACUCUACACUCUGUAUAACUCUGUCAUUGACAGCGUUGCCAGCUACUACGACAUCCUGUGGGCUGACCUCAACAUCGAGAAGAUCAACAACGAGCUGCAGGACUUCCAGAACCGGAUCCGAAAGCUUCCAAAGGCGUUAAAGGAGUGGCAGGCCUUCAGAGAUCUGAAAAAGACCAUCGAUGACUUCACUGAGACGUGUCCUCUGCUCUACAUGAUGGCCAACAAGGCGAUGCUGUCCCGACACUGGACUCGUCUCAGUGAGCUGACUGGUCACAGCUUCCAGGUGGGAUCAGAGUGUUUUUCCCUCAGAAACAUCAUGGAGGCUCCACUGCUGAAAAAUAAAGAAGACAUUGAGGACGUUUGUAUCAGUGCUGUGAAGGAGCGAGACAUCGAGGCCAAGCUGAAGGAUGUGAUGGCCGAGUGGAGCAGUCAGACGCUCAGCUUUGCCACCUUCAGGACCCGAGGAGAAUUGCUGCUGAAAGGAGCCGACACUGCUGAGAAGAUCUCCAUGAUGGAGGACAGUCUGAUGGUGCUGGCAUCACUGCUGAGUAACAGGUAUAACGCUCCGUUUAAGCCAUCCAUCCAGCUGUGGGUCCAGAAACUCUCAAACACCUCAGAGAUCAUUGAGAAGUGGCUGUCGGUUCAAAACCUUUGGAUCUACCUGGAGGCGGUGUUUGUGGGUGGAGAUAUCGCCAAGCAGCUGCCUCAGGAGGCCAAACGUUUCCAGAACAUUGACAAGUCAUGGCAGAGGAUCAUGCAGCGAGCCCAUGAGCUCCCCAACAUGGUGCAGUGCUGUGUGGGAGACGAGACGCUCAGCCAGUUGUUGCCUCACCUGCUGGAGCAGUUGGAGCUCUGUCAGAAGUCUCUGUCCGGUUACCUGGAGAAGAAGCGCUUGGUGUUUCCUCGUUUUUUCUUUGUGUCUGACCCUGCCCUGCUGGAGAUCCUGGGCCAAGCCUCGGACUCACACACUAUACAGGUUCAUCUGCUCAGUCUGUUUGACAAUGUCAACAGAGUUGUUUUCAAUGAGAAGCAGUAUGAUCAGAUCAUCAGUUUUCAGUCUCAAGAAGGAGAAACUGUGGAGCUGAGCCAACCCAUCCUGGCACAGGGAAACGUGGAGGUGUGGUUAGGACAGCUGUUAGCAGGGGUGAGGCAGACCCUCCAUGCUAUCAUCCGUCAGGCCUACCUGGCCAUCAGCGACCCAGGCAUGAAGCUGCUGGAGUUUCAGUUGGCAUUUCCAGCUCAGGUUGGCCUGCUGGGAAUCCAAAUGAUCUGGACCAGAGACGCAGAAGAUGCACUCGUCCUCAGCAAGUCUGACAAGAAGAUCAUGCAGACGACCAAUCAGAAGUUCCUGGAUCUGCUCAACGAGCUGAUUGACAUGACAACCAGAGAGCUGAGCAGAAAUGAGAGGACCAAGUACGAGACGCUCAUCACCAUCCAUGUCCACCAGAGAGACAUCUUCGACGAGCUGGUGCGUCUAAACGUGCGAUCUGCGUCAGACUUUGAGUGGCAAAAACAGUCAAGGUUUUACUUCCUGGAGGAGACGGACAGAUGUGUCAUCCAAAUCACAGAUGUGGAGUUCAGCUAUUGUAAUGAAUACCUGGGCUGUACAGACCGACUGGUCAUCACCCCGCUGACAGACAGGUGUUACAUAACUCUGUCCCAGGCUCUGGGGAUGAGUAUGGGCGGAGCUCCGGCUGGUCCGGCAGGAACAGGUAAGACGGAGACCACUAAAGACAUGGGUCGCUGUCUGGGGAAAUAUGUGGUGGUUUUCAACUGUUCGGACCAGAUGGACUACAGAGGACUUGGACGCAUCUACAAAGGUCUGGCCCAGUCCGGAGCCUGGGGUUGCUUUGAUGAGUUUAACCGCAUCGAGCUGCCGGUCCUGUCCGUUGCUGCCCAGCAGAUCUACAUUGUCCUGCAGUGUAAGAAGAACAAGAAGAAACAGUUCGUCUUCACUGACGGAGACGUGGUGGACAUGGACCCUGAGUUCGGCAUCUUCCUCACCAUGAACCCUGGUUACGCCGGUCGUCAGGAGCUGCCAGAGAACCUGAAGAUUCAGUUUCGCACAGUUGCCAUGAUGGUCCCAGACCGAGCCAUCAUCAUGAGGGUCAAACUGGCUAGUGCAGGUUUCCGUGACAACGAGGUCCUCAGCAGGAAGUUUUACACCCUCUACAAACUGUGUGAGGAGCAGCUCUCCAAACAGGUCCAUUAUGAUUUUGGUCUGAGGAACAUUUUGUCAGUUUUGAGGACACUGGGAGCUGUGAAGAGAUCCAACCCAUCAGAACCAGAGAAGACCGUGGUGAUGAGGGUCCUGAGAGACAUGAACCUCUCCAAACUGGUUGAUGAUGACGAGCCUCUGUUUAUGAGUCUGAUCAAUGAUCUGUUUCCUGGUAUUGUUCUUGAUAAAGCCGGGUAUCCAGACUUGGAAUCGUCCAUCGUCAGUCAGGCUCAGCAGGCCGGUCUGAUCCCUCACCCACCCUGGAUCCUCAAACUCGUUCAGCUCUACGAGACGCAGAGAGUCCGACAUGGUAUGAUGACGUUGGGUCCUAGCGGUGCCGGGAAGACGACCUGCAUCCACACACUGAUGAAGGCCAUGUCAGAUUGCGGCUCCCCACACCGCGAGAUGAGGAUGAACCCCAAAGCAAUCACGGCCUCACAGAUGUUCGGCACGCUGGACGUCACCACCAAUGACUGGACUGAUGGCGUCUUCUCCACUCUGUGGAGGAAGACUCUCAAGGCCAAGAAGGGUGAAUAUAUCUGGAUAGUGCUGGAUGGUCCCGUGGAUGCCAUCUGGAUUGAGAACCUGAACUCAGUUCUGGAUGACAACAAAACUCUGACACUGGCGAACGGAGACCGAAUCCCUAUGGCUCCCUGCUGCAAGAUCGUCUUUGAGCCCCACAACAUUGACAACGCCUCCCCAGCCACGGUGUCCAGGAAUGGGAUGGUGUUCAUGAGCUCCUCAGUGCUCGGCUGGAGCCCCAUCCUGCAGGCCUGGUUACAGAAGUUACCGGAACAGCAGGCUGACACCCUGAAACUCUGCUUCAACUGUUGCUACCAGGACUUGUUGGACUUUAUCUCCACUGCUGUGUCUCCUAAGAUGCAGGUGUUGGAGUGUAUGUACAUCAGACAGACCAUUGACCUGCUGCAGGGUUUGCUCCCAGCAGUGGAGGAGAAACAGGGUUGCCAUGGCGACGUGGGUCGACUGUUUGUAUUUGCAGUGAUGUGGUCUCUGGGAGCACUGCUGGAGCUCGAUGACAGAGCCAAGAUGGAGGCCUUCCUGAAGCGCUACAGCUCGUCUCUGGACCUGCCACAAACUCAGGACAACCAAACCAUCUUUGAGUUCACUGUCAACAAGCAGGGACAGUGGGAGCACUGGUCCAACAAGGUCCCAGAGUAUGUCUACCCUAAAGACCAUGUCCCAGACUACUCAUCCAUCCUGGUUCCCAAUGUGGACAACGUGAGGACAGACUUCCUGAUGCAGACCAUUGUGAAGCAGAGGAAGGCUGUGCUGCUGAUUGGAGAACAAGGAACCGCCAAGACCGUCAUGAUUAAAGGCUACACCAGCAAGCUCGACCCAGAGCUCCACCUCAGUAAGACGGUGAACUUCUCGUCAGCCACACUGCCCAGCAUGUUCCAGAGAACCAUUGAGAGCUACAUUGAUAAACGAAUGGGCGCCACCUACGGGCCGCCGGCUGGACGCCGCAUGACUGUCUUUAUAGAUGACAUCAACAUGCCCGUCAUCAACGAAUGGGGAGACCAGAUAACCAAUGAGAUUGUGCGUCAGCUGAUGGAGCAGGGAGGUUUCUACAGUUUGGAUCGUCCAGGAGAGUUCAUCACUGUAGUGGACGUUCAGCUGGUGGCAGCCAUGAUCCAUCCAGGUGGCGGUCGGAACGACAUCCCCCAGCGUCUGAAGAGGCAGUUCUCCAUCUUUAACUGCACACUGCCUUCCAACACCUCCAUAGAUAAGAUCUUUGGAACCAUGGCUCAGGGAUACUUCUGCUCGGAAAGAGGUUUCCCCGCCGACGUCUGCAACCUGGCCGCGGCCCUCGUACCCACCACCAGACGGGUGUGGCAGGCAGUGAAGACAAAGAUGUUACCGUCUCCUGCCAAGUUUCACUACAUCUUCAACCUGAGAGACCUCAGCAGAAUCUGGCAGGGGAUCCUGACGGUGGUGACUGAGGUGUGUCAGAGCUCUGAGCUCCUCUCUGCUCUCUUCCAUCAUGAAUGUUACAGAGUGAUCGCCGACCGAUUCAUCGACAACAGUGACAGACAAACCUUCAACUCCAUCAUGGAGAAGAUCACAGUGAAGGAUCAUGGGAGAGCUCUGACUGAGCACGCUCAGUGGGACAGCUUCUUCGUGGACUUCCUCCGGGAAGCUCCAGAGGCGACAGGAGAUGAACCUGAAGACACCGAGCUGGAAGCUCCAAAGGUGUAUGAGCCAAUCCCGUCGCUGGACGCCUUGGCAGAGCGGCUGUCUGUUUUCCAGCAGCAGUACAAUGAGGCAGUGAGGGGCGGAGCCAUGGACCUGGUCUUCUUCAAGGACGCGAUGACCCAUCUGAUGCGGAUCUCGCGGAUCCUGCGGACGCCACAGGGAAAUGCCCUGCUGGUCGGGGUUGGAGGCUCAGGGAAGCAGAGUCUGACGAGGCUGGCGUCGUUCAUCGCAGGAUACCAAACCUUUCAGAUCACACUAACCAGGUCGUACAGCAGCAGUAACCUGAUGGAGGAUCUUAAGACUCUGUAUCGCAUCGCUGGUCAGCAGGGGAAAGGAGUCACGUUCCUCUUCACUGACAACGACAUUAAAGACGAAGCCUUCCUGGAAUACAUGAACAACGUCCUGGCGAGCGGUGAAGUUUCCAAUCUGUUUGCUCGUGAUGAGCUGGAUGACAUCACUCAGGAUCUGAUUCCUGUCAUGAAGCGGCAGCACCCUCGCCGCCCUCCGACCUCAGAAAACCUCUACGACUUCUUCCUGUCACGAGUGCGGCGCAACCUCCAUGUCGUGCUCUGCUUCUCGCCAGUCGGGGAAAAAUUCCGGACUCGUGCCUUGAAGUUUCCAGGCCUGAUAUCGGGCUGCACUGUGGACUGGUUCCAGCGCUGGCCCCGGGACGCCCUGGUGGCCGUGUCACAUCACUUCCUGUCUCAAUACCAGGACCUCCGCUGCUCAGAGGAUGUGAAGCAGAGUGUGGUGGUAACCAUGGGAACCUUCCAGGACCUGGUGGCGGAGAAGUGUGCAGAGUACUUUGAGCGUUUCCGCCGUCAGACAUUUGUGACGCCCAAAUCCUACCUAUCCUUUAUUGACAGCUACAAGAUCAUCUACACCCAGAAGAUCGCACAUGUUGGCACACUGGCCGAGCGCAUGAAGACAGGUCUGUGUAAACUGAUGGAAGCAGAGCAGUCGGUGUCUCAGCUCUCUGAGGAGCUGGUGGUGAAGGAGCAGGAGCUUGCCGUUGCCUCCCAGAGGGCAGAUGAAGUCCUGCAGGAGGUCACGGCGAAAGCUCAGGCUGCUGAAAAGGUGAAGCAGCAGGUGCAGAAGGUGAAGGAUAAAGCUCAGCUCAUUGUCGAUGAGAUUGAAAUCGAUAAAACAGCAGCAGAGUCCAAACUGGAAGCAGCAAAACCGGCACUGGAGGCUGCUGAGGCUGCACUGCAGACCAUUAAACCAGCUGACAUCGCCACAGUGAGGAAGUUGCAGAAGCCUCCUCAUCUCAUUAUGAGGAUCAUGGAUGCAGUCCUGCUGCUGUUCCAGAGGAAGAUCGACACAGUGACCGCAGACCCUGAGCGACCUUGUCCGCGACCUUCAUGGGCCGAGGCAAUGAAGCUGAUGCAGAACUCUGCCUUCCUCAGCAUGCUGCUCAACUUCAGCAAGGACUCCAUCACAGAGGAGGUGGUGGAGCUGCUCGCUCCCUACCUGGAGAUGGAUGACUACAACCUGGAGUCUGCCAAGAGGAUCUGUGGCAAUGUGGCAGGACUCUGCUCCUGGACUCAGGCAAUGGUCGACUUCUUCGCUAUCAACAAGGAGGUGCUGCCUCUGAAGGCUAACCUGGCCCUGCAAGAGGCUCGUCUGGUGGUUGCUCAGAAUGAACUCGCUAAAGCUCAGGAACAGCUGGACGCUAAACAGCAGGAGCUGGACGCCGUGCAGGCACUUUAUGACGCUGCCAUGAAGGAAAAGCAGGACCUAGAAGACGACGCCCAGGCCUGCCGCCGCAAGAUGGCCAAUGCUACAGCUCUGAUCGACGGACUGGGAGGAGAGAAGAUUCGUUGGACCGACAGCAGUGCUGGGUUCCAGACUCAGAUCAAACACCUUGUUGGGGAUGUCCUUCUGUCCGCAGGUUUCUUGUCCUAUGCUGGGCCCUUUAACCAGGAGUACCGCAGCUUGCUUCUAGAGCUGUGGAAGAAAGAGAUAGAGGACAAGUUCAUCCCCUUCAGUCCUGACUUAAACGUGAUUGGUCUGUUGGUGGACAACCCCACAGUGAGUGAGUGGAACCUGCAGGGUUUACCCAGCGAUGACCUGUCCAUCCAGAACGGCAUCGUGGUGACAAAGGCGUCCCGUUACCCACUGCUGAUAGACCCCCAGGGUCAGGGCAAGACCUGGAUCCAGAACAGAGAGAGAGACCAGCAGCUGCAGGUGACGUCUCUGAACCAUAAGUAUUUCCGUUCCCACCUGGAGGACAGUCUGUCUCUGGGGCGUCCUCUGCUGCUGGAGGACAUAGGAGAGGAACUGGACCCCGUCCUGGAUAACAUACUGGACAAAAACUACAUUAAGUCUGGAUCAACUUAUAAAGUGAAGGUGGGAGAUAAGGAGGUGGAUGUGAUGAAGGGCUUCACACUCUACAUCACCACCAAGCUGGCCAACCCGGCAUACAGUCCCGAGGUCAGUGCCAGGGCGGCUGUGGUCGACUUCACCGUUACCCAGCGAGGCUUGGAGGACCAGCUGCUGGGGCGAGUCAUACUGCUGGAGAAACAGGAGUUGGAGGCGGAGCGAGUGAAGCUCUUAGAGGAGGUGACAGCCAACAAGAGGAAGAUGCAGGAGCUGGAGGACAGUUUGCUGUUCAGGCUGACCAGCACCCAGGGGUCCUUGGUGGAGGACGAGUCUCUGAUAGAGGUUCUGAGGGUCACCAAAACCACUGCUCAGGAGGUGAGUGAGAAGCUGUCAGUUGCAGCAGAAACGGAGGUGAAGAUCAACCAGGCCAGGGAGGAGUACCGGCCGGUGGCCACCAGGGGCAGCAUCCUCUACUUCCUGAUUGUGGAGAUGUCGCUGGUCAACGUUAUGUACCAGACGUCUUUGCGUCAGUUCCUGGGGCUGUUUGACUCGUCCAUGCAGAACUCUGCCAAGUCGCAGGUCACCUCCAAACGCAUCAGCAACAUCAUCAACUUCCUCACCUACCAGGUGUACUGUUACACAGCCAGGAGUCUGUAUGAGGAACACAAACUGCUUUUCACUUUGCUGUUGGCUCUAAAGAUCGACCUCCAGGCCAGAAACAUCUCGCACCCCGAAGUGCUCACCUUUAUCAAAGGCGGAGCCUCUUUGGAUCUCAACUCUGUAGAAUCCAAACCACGGCGCUGGAUCCUAGAUCAGACCUGGCUCAACCUGGUGCAGCUGUCCAGCCUGCUGCCGUUCACCCAGAUCCUGACCCAGGUGAGCCAGAACGAGCGUGCCUGGAGGACGUGGUUUGACCAUCCAACGCCAGAGCAUGCAACACUGCCUGAUGGGUAUGAGGAAAAGCUCAACACCUUCCAGAAGCUUCUGCUCAUCCGGAGCUGGUGUCCCGACAGAACCACCGCUCAGGCGCGUUGCUACAUCUCGGACUCUCUGGGUCAGCAGUAUGCUGAAGGUUUGGUUCUGGACUUGGACGCCAUGUUGGCAGAGAGCGACAACAGGACGCCGAUGGUCUGUCUGCUGUCGAUGGGCUCUGAUCCAACUGAAAACAUAGAGAGGCUGGCCAAGAACAAGGGGGCACCGUGCCGUCCCAUUUCCAUGGGGCAAGGCCAGGAGAUUCACGCUCGCAGGCUAUUGGCCAACAGCAUGACGGAUGGCGGCUGGCUCCUCCUCCAGAACUGCCACCUGGGACUGGACUUCCUGGACGAGCUGCUGGAGACAGUCACCGCAGCAACCCCAGAGAGCGUGCACAAAGGUUUCCGAGUGUGGCUGACAACCGAUGUGCACCCAAAAUUCUCCAUCACCUUCCUUCAGUCCUCCAUCAAGUUCACUAAUGAACCUCCUCUUGGGAUGAAAGCUGGACUGAAGAGGACCUUCAACAGUGUCACUCAGGAUCAGUUGGAGAUCAGCAACCUGCCUCAGUGGAAACCUCUACUCUAUGCCUUGGCCUUCCUUCACACCACUGUGCAGGAGCGUCGUAAGUUUGGUCCUCUCGGCUGGAACAUUCCCUAUGAGUUCAAUCAGGCAGAUUUCACGUCCAGCAUGCAGUUUGUGCAGAACCACCUGGACAACCUGGACUCAAAGAGAGGAGUCAACUGGAGCUGCCUGCGCUACAUGCUGGGUGAGGUCCAGUAUGGCGGCCGGGUGACAGAUGACUUAGACAAACGUCUCCUCAACACCUUCACUCGUGUCUGGUUCAGCGAGAACACCUUCAGCGACAAGUUCUGCUUUUAUAAAGGCUACAGCAUCCCUGGCAAGGCCAAGACGGUCCAGGAUGUGCUGCAGCACAUCGAGGCUCUGCCGCUGGUCGAUUCCCCUGAGGUUUUUGGGCUCCAUCCCAACGCUGACAUCACCUACCAGACCAACCUGGCCAAUGAGACCCUCAGCACCAUCAUCAACAUACAACCAAAGGAUAGUGGUGGUGGGGCCGGGGAGACCAGGGAGGCCAGCGUACAGAGACUGGCCAGUGAGAUGCUGGAGAAGCUCCCACCUGACUACGUCCCGCACGAGGUCAAAGGUCAGCUGCAGAAGAUGGGUCCACUGCAGCCCAUGAACAUCUUCCUGCGGCAGGAAGUAGACCGUAUGCAGCGAGUCAUCAGCAGUGUACGGAGCACGCUCACUGACCUCAAACUGGCCAUCGACGGCACCAUCAUCAUGUCGGAGGACCUGCGUGAUGCUCUUGACUGUAUGUUCAACGCUCGGAUCCCUCGCCUGUGGCUGCGGCUCAGCUGGCCUUCGGCAACGCUGGGCUUCUGGUUCAGCGAGCUGCUCGAGAGGAACCAGCAGCUUAGCGGCUGGAUCAGCACUGGCCGACCAAAUCAGUUCUGGCUCACUGGCUUCUUCAACCCACAGGGGUUUCUGACCGCCAUGCGCCAGGAGACAACACGCUCCAACUUGUCCAGGGGCUGGGCAUUGGAUACUGUCAUCCUUAGCAAUGAUGUCACCAAGAUGAUGAGGGAGGACGUGUCAGCUCCACCUCCAGAGGACGUGGGCGGAGUCUACAUCUAUGGCCUCCUCCUGGAUGGGGCAGGAUGGGAUCGACGCAGCGCCAGACUCUCUGAGGCCCCACCCAAGGUCCUCUUCACUCCUCUCCCAGUGGUUCAUGUCUACGCUGUCAGCUCAGCUAACGUGGCCGACAGUAAGCGGCAGCCUGGUGGCGGCGGGGCAGUUAGCCUGUACUCUUGUCCGGUCUACAAGAAACCGCGUCGGACCGACCUGAACUUCAUCUUCUCUCUGCAGCUGAGGAGUGCUCAGCCAGCAGAGCACUGGACUCUGAGAGGAGCUGCGCUGCUCUGCGACUGCAAGUAAUCCUCCAACUCUCUGAGUGGAUAUGUUUAUUAUAUACAGUUUAAUUUUUCUGUAUUAUUCCACUGCAGAAACAAUACCAAAUCCAUACUGGUAUCAUUUUCAGGUUUUAGCCCAUUAAGUACAGGUCACACUUAUUGUACUCUCCUGAUGAUCAUUUUGCAAAAUCCUCCCUCAGCUUUUAGAUGAAUUUUUCUUGGUUUUACUUCACAUAAAAAAUCAACUAGCAGAGAUGUGAAUCUUGAAGCACUUCAGUAAGCUCAGAUUUAAAGCCCUGACAUAGCAAAUACAACAUAACUGAUGGUGUUGAAAUACACCACAUAAAAUAUUUCAACUAGGGAUAAUUAUUUUACUAUGUUUUCUAAAUGGUAUGUCAUAAACAUUUGUGUGAUAUUAGAAUGAAUUUGUUUUGAAUAACUCAAGUAUUUGGCACAUUUAGACACCAAUCUGCUUCAAUAUCAGUUGAAAUCCAUAACAAAAAGCUUAAGAAAGAAAUGUUUCUUUUAUUCCACAGACACAACUGUUAAAGUUUUUGUUUUUGAGUGUCUUUGUUUUUGCUGAUGUUCUUAUGAUCCAGGGGGGUAUUCCAUCAAGCAGGCUAAAGGCAAAUCCAGGCUUAAAUGGCCAAGUCUGGCUAAUGUGAGCCAGAGAUCUGUUCCAUCAAAGUGGCUAAGAUUAGCCUCACAUCGGUAACCAUGGAAACCAUGGUUCUGGCUAAGCCUGAUACAUCAAGCUGAACUGCGGUUUCCAUCCCAUCAACCUGAGCCACAACUCCAUUCCAUCAAGGUGGUUAACCUGAAUCCCAGCCUAGUAACCAUGGUAAUUUAUGCUGCCGGGCAAUCCUGAACAGAUGCCUAAAAGACAGUUCUGCCAGCGCUUUUACACACUCACAACUGUCAUGUAAUGAUAAUAUGUAGAUCAUAAAAUAUGUAACAUAAUUAAUCAAAAACACACAUAACGAUUAAAAAACAAAUUAAAAUGUAAUAAAAAUAAGAUCAUCAAAAAAACAACAACACAACAAUAAAGCCAAAAUCGAACUAAUAACAACAAAACUAUAAUAAAAUGAAACUGAGGCAUUAAAAAAAGAUUGUAUAUGUACACCAAACCACAUGAAUAUGUGAUUGUCCUCCCAUCCCAACCCCACUCUGUUUCCAAUUGGCUAGCAAAUUCACAGCCAAUUAAGGUCAACUGACAACGGCCAGAGAAGGAGAGGGACACACCCAGAGAGACGCAGAGCAAGCAGGAUUCUUAUAUUUUAUCUUCACCUGCUGCCAAGUCCUCCUCUGGCUUCUGAGAUUGCUUCUGAUGAGACAUAACAGUGAGGGAUGAAAAUGGGACACACACCAUUGUGGUUUGUCUGUUCCUCAUCCUAUAGCACAUGCCAUACAUUUAAGGGGAUUUUCCUUAUUUUGAUAUAAUAAGGGAUAGAGCUUACAGUUGACUGCCACAUGAUGACAAACAGACAAUUGAUUCACUCUCACCUGCAUUCACUUAAUAGUUUCCCUUAUCUCCACUGAACUGAUGGAUUUGCUAAAUGUCAUUUUCUACAAUCAAUAGAUAAAUGUCAUGUGAUUAUUUCCUAUAAACUGAUCUUUUCGGAAAUGUCAUAAUCUACAAUCAAUUAUGUGAUAAAUGCGAUGAUUGACAUAAAAUAGUUUGAUUAAAUGCAUCAUCUGAAAUGUACAUAGGAAUCAGUAGAUACAUGUGAUAAACAGUCUCUCACUAAUAUUAAGUUACACAUGUGGUGAAUUUCAUUAGGCAUACUUGAAUUGUUAGAUUUAAUAGGUGUUCUUAUCUACAUAUAUAUUUUGUCCCUUUGGUGUGGGAUUUAUAGAACAUGAUAUUAUGCUGAAAUGCUGAAUUUUACCACCUCCCUUGCUUUAUUAAUUGCUGCAGUAUUGCCUUUUUUCUUAAUUAUGUCCUUAUAGUCCUCAUACACUUCCAUAAGGAGCGUUUGCUCCACUGCAGAAAAAGCCUCCGCUCGCUCCUUUAUUUGCUUUAUGACAUUUUGCAACAUUUUCGGCACUCGACUAGUUUGGACUUUUUAUUUUCCCUGGACACAUGCAUGAGUUGAGGCUUAACAGGUGAGGCUUGAAUUAGCGUCAGUUGGAGCCAGCUGAUUUCACUUGAUGGAACGGGUUGGAGCUAGAUUGGGAGCUAGAUGGGGAGCUGGCGUUUAGUCAAACUUCAAGAUGACACCUUAGUCUGGAUAUUCUUAGCUACGCUGAUGGAAUACCCCCCAGCCUGUCUUUGUUUGUUUUUGUUUUCAGGGCUUUUGUGUUUUUACCACUUCAAUUGCUUGAUAGUCGUCUUGGAUUGUGUUUGUCUCUUUGUGGACUUCACCUAACUUUGCUUUUAAAGCAUCUUUAACCAAACCCUACAGUGUCUAAAACUCCACAGCAAACUUUAUAACCUUUGACUGAAAUUGACCAGAGGGGUAUUCCAGGUAGGAGGUUCAACAAACUCUGAGUCUAUCCCUGAACUCUGAGUUGGUUUACUCUGAGAUGGGAAACUCUGAGUUACCGGUUCCAGAACAGCUGAUUUGAGUUUGUUCAGUCAACUCUGAGUAUGUUCACUCUGAGUUAAGCCGACAAUAAAAAGCCAUCAUCAAUGGAGCUCCAACUCCACGAUUCACCAUGGCAACAGGUAAAUAAAAGACAGGCCUCCAUUUUAAUCCAGUGGAUGUAGAGAUAUUAAUGCAUGUGUAGCAGACGGUACACGUUUAUCUUUAAAAGAAGAGCCUGAGUCAGAGCGAGGAAAGUGUCAAUAAGUUAACCAUAAAGUUAAUAAAAAAGUUUUAUUCAGUGUUGUCCGUUUAUUCAUCAUUUAUCAGACUUACAUUUCCUUAAUGAAGAUAAAGUGGUGGAAUCUGACUGUGUAUCAGGCUGUAGAUAUAUUACAUUAUAUUAAUUAUAUACAAUAAUAUAUUUGUUGAGAUUGAAUCUGAUGGGGAAAAACACAGGAGGCAGAAGAUUUAAAACAUACAAGCCAGGCUAUAGAUCAAAGACAUAAAGACAUGACUGUAAACUCACAGUCUGACCCAGUAAUAAUAUGUUUGGUGAUUUGCACUUGAAAAGACGUUGAGGUUAAAAUACAGUAGAUUUGAAAAUGCUGCACAUCUAUUUGUAUCUUGACACAACAGCAUUCAGUGACUUUAUUUCAGCUACAAAUGUAGUAAAUGUAAAGACACUGAAAUGCUACACCAUUGCUCACUCAGAAAUAUGAACAUAUAAUCCCCAAUAUUAGGCUAUAGGAAUUAUGUUCCAUCAGUGCGACCAAUGACAUCAGUGAUAGAGAUCAUUAGUCAUUGAUACUACGUGUCUAAAGCUUCAUACCCAUUUUUAAAAUUUAAAUAAUUAGACCUACACAUUAUGUGCAAUAAACAUUUGGGAGCUGCUCUAACAGACUGACAGUCUGAUCCUUGUGCACAGUGUUAUAAAAAAUAAUAAAUAUAAAAAGGACAGAGGUUUGAUUCUGAGCUGAGGGUGAAUUCUCGAUGUGUAAUAUUUGAAUGUAAAGACAAAAACCGGUGUCCAAAGAAAUGAUUGAUGUGCAUAAAUUCAGUAGUCUAACGUAAGACAGUCCUGAGUAACAAACUAAUAUCCAGCAGGAUUUAGACUGUGACAGACGGUAAAUCUCUUUGAUACAAGCUUUGACACGGACUGAAUGAAUGAGGAAAUGAAACAGCGUGUAAGAGGGAGGAGACAGAGGAAAACUCAGGGUUUAUUGAAGAAAACCUGUCAGCGAGCAGGUUAUGUUCACAGAAGUCUGUUACCAUGGUGACUGACUCAGAGUUUCAGUUGCUUCUCUUUCUGGAACGGAUAACUCAGAGUUUCCCUCAUCUCAGGGUUGACUUACUCUGAGUUUUCACAUAACCCGCUUUCUGGAAUACCCCCCUGCAGAUUCACUUACAUGAGGUUUCUUUUCAGAUUGCUCAUCACCUAAGCAGUGAGGAACAAAACCACAAACACACGAGUAACAAAUAAGAAAAAGAAAAAAAAAAGAAAACAGUGUAUGGCCCUAAUCACACAGAAAGCAUUUUGGCUACAGGAGGCAGCUUUUUGUGUUUUGUUUUGUUUUUUUUUUUUAAUGAACAUGAAGCUCUUAGCUCACUGUUUUUACGUUGCUAUGUGCCUCCAUUUCUGUGUUCUAGGCGCCUGGUGUUUUUGCCAGAGCGCUCUGAACUCCUCAAGUUGAAGAAACUUCAACUCAAAGUGGAAAAGCACCCUGCGUCAUCUCCACUUUUUGCCCAUUGUCCAGUGGGAUGAUUUGAGAGGCGGGCUCUGUAGUGGUUGUGACAACAAGUUUACAGUUGGUAAACAAUGGAGGAGAAACUACUGGUACUCCCCAUGAUCCAACCCUCUUUUUAAGGGUCUCAUGUACCCACACAGAUCUCCAUUUCUCUGUGCCCAACAAACUACUUGCUGACAGCCUCUCAGCCUCAACCAGAGCGACAGCAAGUACCCUCUGCCUGUCUGUUUUAAGGACAAGAUGCUAAUUAGUUUGAAAUAAAUAAAAUAGAUAGAUAAAUGGUAGAUUGAUUACAUGUGAAGGUUAGGGUAAGGAAGAGAUUAAGUGGUUGUCUGACAACAAUAAAAAGGCAGAGCAAGCAGGCAGAAAAAUAUCUGGUGUCCUGCAAAUGGCAACAACUGAAAGGAAUUAAAUACUCUCAGAUAUUUCAGCAUUAAUGUACAUGUGAGCUUUAGAGUUUAGUCUCCUUACAGUUUGUCAACCAAAGAGCUGACAAGUUUAUUUUUACAUUCUGAAAAUUCCCAAACACUAUCUGAUUCACUAAAAAAUAACCAGAUAAACAAAAACAGAACACAAACACACUCUAAGACAGAAAAAGGAAAUGUUCAGAUUAAAAAUUUCAAACUGAAUGAAAAAACACAAAAACUCACCUGAAAACACCUAAACAUAUAUUUAAAAACAAACAAACUGAAAAGACUGUGGUACAAACACGGUCCUUGGAGUAUUCUCAAAGCGUAUCUCCACACUGAUGAAACUUCCUGUCUUUGUGCUAAAGUCUCAGUUUUAGGUGAAAAGCAGACUUAGUAUUAAUAUUUUUCCAGAGGCUAUAUUUGAAAAACAUAUGCAAUAUAGAUAAGCAUGCUGUCGCUUUCUGAUCCUACUUUAUGUUUCCAGUAAACACCUCUAUGACAGGGAAACUGUGUCUGACCUGUCUGACUUCUUUCAUCUUCCAAUACUUAUAGUUUAUGGAGGUGCUGUCCAAUGGAGCGGAGCAGGAAGCUUGUC